GCUGAGAUCGAGGUAUGUGGCGCCGCUGCGAGUGAGCUGUUUCCUAAGCGCCGGCUGUGAGGGGUUUUCCGUUUCUUGCUGAGAAAAUUGGUCGCGGCGGCGGCAGUUCGGGACUCGGCGGGGUCGGAGCUUUGCUGCGUUCAGGCGCGGCGAGUCUGCUGUGUGCAAUGGGCCGCAGGCAGCGCCAUAAACAGCAGCAGAGCCGCGAGAGGGGCCCCGGGGGCUGGCCUGACGGCGGCUACCCAGAGAUCGUGAAGGAGAACGCGCUGUUCGAGCACUACUAUGGCGAGCUGGGCCUCGUGCCCCCGGGGGAAUGGGAGAGCUUCAUGGCGGCCCUGCGGGAGCCGCUCCCGGCCACCCUCCGCAUCACAGGAUACAAGAGUCAUGCCAAUGAAAUUCUUCAUUGUUUGAAGAACAAGUAUUUCAAGGAGUUGGAGAACCAGGUGGUAGAUGGUCAAAAAAUUGAAAUGCCGCAGCCAUUAAACUGGUAUCCAGAAGAGUUAGCAUGGCACACAAACCUAAGCAGAAAAGUGCUGCGCAAGUCCCCACAGCUAGAAAAAUUUCAUCAUUUUCUUGUUAGUGAAACAGAAUGUGGAAACAUUAGUCGUCAAGAAGCUGUCAGUAUGAUUCCUCCCCUACUGCUUAAUGUUCAGCCUCAUCAUAAGAUUCUAGACAUGUGUGCUGCUCCUGGAUCGAAAACUGCUCAGCUAAUUGAAAUGCUUCAUGCAGACAUGAGUGUUUCUUUUCCAGAGGGCUUUGUAAUUGCAAAUGACGUUGACAACAAACGUUGCUAUUUGCUGGUUCAUCAGGCAAAAAGGUUAAACAGCCCUUGCAUUGUGGUUGUAAAUCACGAUGCCUCAAGCAUUCCUAACUUACAAAUAACCACAAAUGGAAAGAAGGAGAUCCUCUUUUAUGACAGAAUACUGUGUGAUGUCCCUUGCAGUGGAGAUGGAACCAUGAGAAAAAACAUUGAUGUGUGGAAAAAAUGGACUACACAAAACAGCUUACACCUACAUGGGUUGCAGUUAAGGAUUGCAACUCGUGGGGUUGAGCAGCUGGCUGAAGGAGGUAGAAUGGUGUAUUCUACAUGUUCAUUGAAUCCUGUUGAAAAUGAAGCUGUCAUUGCUAGUUUGCUGGAAAAAAGUGAAGGUGCUUUAGAACUUGCUGAUGUCUCCUCUGAGUUGCCAGGCCUGAAGAGGAUGCCUGGAGUUACACAGUGGAAGGUUAUGACAAAAGAUGGGCAAUGGUUUGAAGACUGGAAAGACGUGCCUUCCAACAGGCAAACCCAAAUCCGACCUACCAUGUUCCCUUUGAAAGAUAAAGAAAAACUUAAAGCAUUGAAUUUGGAGCACUGCUUUAGAAUUUUGCCACACCAUCAGAAUACCGGAGGUUUCUUUGUAGCUGUAUUAAUUAAAAAGUCUUCUAUGCCAUGGAACAAACGUCAACCAAAGUUCCAGCAGAAGCUGCCACAGAAGGUGGAAGAUGAAGUGCCUGUGACUGCAGAACAGGGUUCUUUUGAAACUGUGGAAGACCAUAGGGGCACAGAAGCAAAAGAUGGGGACUGCUUGGUUCCUGAGAGUGCUGAAAGCAAGAAGGAUGGAGUCUGUGGGCCACCACCAUCUAAAAAGAUGAAACUUUUCGGGUUUAAAGAAGAUCCAUUUGUGUUCCUUUCUGAUGAAGACCCAUUAUUUCCACCCAUUCAGACUUUUUAUGCAUUGGAUCCUUCAUUCCCCAAGAUGAAUUUGUUGACACGUACUCAGGAAGGAAAGAAGAGGCAGCUAUAUAUGGUUUCCAAGGAGAUAAGGAAUGUGCUGCUGAACAACAGUGAGAAACUGAAGGUUAUUAACACAGGGAUAAAAGUAUGGUGCCGUAAUAGUGACGGGGAACAAUUUGGCUGUGCCUUCAGAUUAGCACAAGAGGGUAUAUAUACACUGUACCCCUUCAUUAAUGCAAGGAUUGUAAAUGUUAGCAUAAAAGAUGUUCAAGUGCUGCUGACAGAAGAGAACCCAUUCUUAAGUAAACUGAGUAAUGAGGCACAGAAUCAAGUCAAAGGGAUGAGUAUGGGAAGUAUCGUUUUGAAAUAUGAACCAGAUCCAAACCAACCAGAUACGCUUCAGUGCUCUGUUGUGCUGUGUGGCUGGCUUGGGAAGACUUCCAUUCGUGCCUUUGUACCCAAGAAUGAGAGACUGCACUACCUGAGGAUGAUGGGGGUUGAGGUGUUCAAAGCGAAGAGGAAAGAUGAAGUUUUGGAAAAUAAAACGGAAGAGGGAGCCAUGGGCACUGAAGGGCAAGUGCUGGAAGAAAUUGAUUUGGAAUGUGAAGCCAAGAAAAACCAUCAGUUAUCUGUACAAAUGGGAGAUGAAUUGAAUGGGCAAGUUGUACAGGAACCCAUGGAAAUCAGUGUAGUAGAAGCAGAAAAUAAAGCAGGAGGUGGCCUCCCUUCUACUAACAAAAGUGAGAGUACCAAAAAUAUAGAAAGCAGAGACAAUGCAGAAUGUAGUAAAGACUGAAGUUAGCCUUCAGACUGUCUAUGUGCAUUAUUUUAGAUAUUUAUGCUGAAACUAAGCAUCUGAAGCAAAUUUUAAUAAAAAGCUACUGUACUUCAGUUUAUUGGGAAAUGUGGUAUGGGAACCAUUUUGCAAAAGUUUCCUCCAAUUUUUAUUUUUUAAAUAAAUUGUUUUCAUCUUUACCUUGUCUGUUUUUGCCAUGUAAACACACCGAUGCUUAUAAUUUUGCUAUGUCUAUUGCUGGCAAUAGACUCUGCACCCUAAAAUGGCACUUGUCAGUGUCACGAUUAAAUAAAUUAUUCCUAUGUGGAUAUAAUUUGUAAAAUUGAGCUAUAAAUUUGAUUUGUCAUUUGAAAUGGA